AAAUCAUAUUUGAAGUAAAAACAAAUCCGAGCCGUCAAAUAUCGGAAGCGUGAGGAGCACUUGCACUAUAAAAGCUAGCUGUCUCACAACUUCACACUGUCAAGCCGGCUGAGAAAACCCUAAUUCGUAGUUGCAGAGAGGCUUUAGCUCGAGAUGGGUGAAGAAGUGAAGGCUAUUGUUCCUGAGUCUGUGUUGAAGAAGCGAAAGAGGGAAGAGGAGUGGGCGUUGGCCAAGAAGCAAGAACUCGAUGCUGCUAAGAAGAAGAGAGCCGAGAGCCGCAAGCUGAUCUACAACAGAGCUAAGUUGUAUGCUAAGGAGUACGAUGAUCAGGAAAAGGAAUUGAUUCGGUUGAAACGCGAGGCGAAGCUGAAAGGUGGAUUUUAUGUCGAUCCAGAGGCUAAGCUGUUGUUUAUUAUUCGCAUUCGUGGUAUUAAUGCCAUGCACCCCAAGACCAGGAAGAUCUUGCAGCUGUUGCGAUUGAGACAGAUUUUCAAUGGUGUAUUUCUCAAAGUUAACAAAGCCACAAUGAACAUGCUGCACCGAGUUGAGCCUUAUGUAACUUAUGGAUACCCAAAUCUGAAGAGUGUGAGGGAACUUAUCUACAAGAGAGGGUAUGGAAAGUUAAAUAAGCAGAGAAUUGGUUUAACUGACAACUCCAUCAUUGAGCAGGCACUAGGAAAAUAUGGAAUCAUAUCCACAGAAGAUCUUAUCCAUGAGAUCAUAACUGUUGGACCUCACUUUAAGGAGGCAAACAACUUCCUUUGGCCAUUUAAGCUCAAGGCUCCUUUGGGUGGCUUAAAGAAGAAGAGGAACCACUAUGUUGAGGGAGGUGAUGCAGGAAACCGGGAGAAUUACAUCAAUGAGCUAAUCAGGAGAAUGAAUUAAGCUGUGGCAGUGUUCAUUCAUUGAUUAGGAUAUAAUUUUUCCUUGUCUGGUUUAGAUCAAGUUCAGACUAUUGCCGUAUCUGAAAUUUUGAAAUAGCACAUUUCUCACUUUGAUAAAUCGUUUUAUUAAGGUUGAAUUUGUUUUUCAUUUUUAAGAUUCCAGAGUGAUGAGUUUUAUUUUAAAAUAUUGCCAUAAUUACUAUGCUUGGUUUAUAAUGUUUACUUUCUGUUCAGCACUUCGUAGUAUGAAUUUGUUGGAGUCGCCUUUUUCAGAAAUUCUUUUGGUGUUUCACGAGUCAUUUUUCCAUAAUUGACGUCAAGUGAAGGUUUUCGAAUGUUGAUUUUUGGGAUGAAUGUGUAAUGGGGUGUUGGUUUUUUAUACACCGCGGUAUCCAACUUGAUAAAUUUGUCAGUGUCACAUAAUGGAUGACCGAUUCUAUUUUGCAGCGAAGUGAAAAUUUUCACGCCCUCGUUGCAAUUAGCAGCAGUUAUGAAUUUGAUCUGAAUGUAUGCAACUUAUGCUUGUUAAUAUUAUUCAGUGUUGGAAGAGAAUAUUAUGAUUUUCAACUUACGUUUUUUUAUAGUUAAAACGAGACUAUAAUUUUAAAUUAAAACGAGUUAAGCUCACACAAUUUGAAGAACUAAUCUAGAGUUGACUCUCUAGUUGUCGACUCUUCCGUUAGAAACGGAAAAGAAUGGUGCAAUUAUAAUGGAAAAGAAAGAUACUGAAUUUGAUUUAUAAAAAGAGAAGGAAAAUAUUAAUUUUCUACUUAAGAUAUGAUUAAAUAAAAUUAUUAAAAUUAGGGAUAAUUGUCUAAUUACCCUUUAUUCUUUUAAAUGUCCGUUUUCCUUCUUUGGCUUCCCUCCAAUUGAAUGCCACGUUAUGUUUACUCCGAAACGAGUUCGUUACUUGCUACAUCUUGAACGAGGGCACAAUUUUAACAAAUUAUGAGUGCGACGCUACUUGCUGCUAAAUUGUCCUUCGUAUUAUAAGGGAUGAAGUUACAAAUCAUAUUGAUAGUUUCUUCCAUUAUCGAUUUCUCAUGUUCAUCGGACUACUAGGGCUUAUUUUGAUAUCAUUCAUGGUUCUUUUGGCAUUGAGGAAGUGUAUUCGGAAAUAGUGCAUUAAAGAAAGAAUAACUAGCAUUCCUCAUUUACGUUUUACUAUGAGCUCAAAAAAAAGAAGUUACUGUUUCUAACUAGCAUUCCUCAUCAUAGCACUGUUGCAUAUAUGGAUUCUACUCUUUCACACUAGAGGCAGCUCUGAUUUCGUUCGACAAACCUGAACACGUUUCACUGAAGAAAAUAUAAGACUUGUGCGCUAGUCUAUCAAAAGCUGUCGACUCAACUUGAGGCAUCGAACUCUUCGUAUUUCCUUCGGAAACAGUACCCUAAUAUAAAAGAAUGUGAAGAAUAUGUCGAAUUUAUUGAGAACUUUCACUUGACAAGGUCGCCUCUGCUGGAUUGUGGGCCUCAAUAUCAACAUGACGGAUACCAGGAACGAGAUUCUGGAUCUCCUUCUCUAACCUAUCCACUUCACUUCCUAAAGCUGUAACUACUUCCUCACCUGCCACAUCUUACAACUGUAAGGAUGCAUUUACUUCUCAAUCAGCAAGACUAUGAGGAUCAAGUUAUCUACUGCAUACCGUAAUUUGACAUAAUCUUCAUUAGGGCAGUAUCAUCCUUCCGCUUUGCAGCUUCACGAAACUGUAAAUAACAAAAGCCAAGAGGUGGUAUUAAAUCGACUUAGUCAUUAUUAAAGUUACACAUCUAAAGAUUCUAAACCAGACAAUGGCAGGGAAGCAGGGCAAUGGAACUAUCAUGGAAUGAUCAUGAAAGAAGGUAACCUACACCAGUCAUUUCGAUAUUAUCAAUGUGAACUAAUGCCCUAGGAUAGUUUUAAUGUAGAUGCCAAUGCAUUCCUGUUUCGCUAGCAUGUAAUAGGAAGCAGCACUAAGUGAAUAAUAUUAGUAACAACAGCAGAACAUAGAAUACUAUGAGAGGCCUUUGCAUGAACAUAAAUAAAAGAAGAGUAUCCACCUGUCUGGCCCACUCAUCACGUCCAGUCCUUUUAAGAUAAUUUUGCACCACCAUUACUCCAUUAAAAUCUGUUUCAUUAAGAACUAUCAGAUUAACAUCAUCCAUGUUUAGUUGUUACCACUACCAGAGUUAGAGAGCGAAAAUUGAAUUUAUUUUAUAGAAAACUCAAACAUUGAAUCUGCUUGCUUGUGCAUUUUAUUUAAAAAAACAUUUCAAUUAAAAAAAAAACAAUAAUUAGACAGAUUUUGGGAAAAAAGAAAGAAUCCUCAAAAACAAAGAUUUUUCUUCCAUCAAGUUUAUGGAAACAUAUCCUUAUUCUUUGGAUCUGAGUACUAAUCCUAAUAGAUAGUAACAAAAUAAAU